AGGCGGCGCGACCACACCGGAGAGGAAAGCAGGAGAACACACCAGAGGGCCGGACUACAGAGAGACGCGAGCAGAACUCCAACUGCCUCGCCCCGCCGCCCGCCCGCCCGCCAUGCUGCUUCUCCACGCGGCCAACCUCCGCAUCCUCCUCGCCGGCGCCGCCGUCGCGCGCCUCUCGUCCCCCGCCACCGCGCGCGCCUCCCCUUCCCGAUGCGCGCCUCCCCCGCCGCCGCGCGUCCGCGCCUUCGCCUCCUACCGCGCCUCCUCUCCGCCGCCGGCGCACCAACCGUCCUCGGCGUCGCCGCCCUCCCGCGCCGUCGCCUCCGCGAACGCCGCAUGCGAGCAGGGGGCGAAACCCGCGAUCUGCACGGCGGACGAGCUGCACUACGUGCCCGUGCCCGGCACGGAGUGGCGGCUCGCGCUCUGGCGGUACCGCCCGCCGCCUGAGGCGCCCAAGAGGAAUCACCCGCUGAUGCUGCUGUCUGGGGUGGCCACCAACGCGAUCGGAUUCGACCUGUCUCCUGGGGCUUCAUUUGCACGUCAUAUGUCCAUGCAAGGGUAUGAUACAUGGAUUGUCGAAGUGCGUGGUGCAGGCCUGAGCAUGCGUGGGACUGAAGUAUCUGUAGCUAACACCACAUCUGACAUGUCUCCAAGUUCUGCUGUGGAUAAGAUUUCUACACAGAAAAUAAAUGGUGCUGCCCCUGCAAAGGAUGAUUCCACUUGCCUAGCUCAAAAUUUUGAAGGUCCGUUAGUAGAAGAUAAGUUUGAAGUUGCAGUAGUAGAAAAUAAGGAUAUAGUAGAGAGUAAUACAUCAGAAGAACCACAAUUAGUGACAAAGUUAUCAAAUGCUUUGGCACAAUUGGGGGAUACGUUCUCAGGUUAUGUAAAAGAUAAUCAACUUAGGAGUAUUGCUGAUGGAUUUUUUCAUCGAGUGUCAGAACUUGUUCCCGAUGCCUCAUUAACUAGUAGGCUUGAGGAAGUUUCAGAAAGAAUUUUGGGUUUAUUGGAAUUGCCACAAACGUCAGCGAUAUCAGAUCAAAUAAGCCAGUUAAGUCAGCGUCUUGUGAAUAUUCUCGGAGAAGGUCAACAGAAUAUAUCCCCUCGGCUAUUUGGCUGGCAAGAACGACUGUCUGCAACGAUAGAAGAUCUACAGAAACAGUUGGAGCUGAUUAUUAGCUAUGAUUGGGACUUUGACCAUUACUUGGAGGAGGAUGUACCUGCCGCGAUGAACUAUAUUAAACAGCAAAGCCCAACAAAGGAUGGCAAGCUGCUUGCCAUUGGCCAUUCAAUGGGGGGAAUAUUGUUAUAUGCAAUGGUUUCUAAAUGUGGAUUUGAAGGUGCUGAGCCAGAGCUAGCAGCAAUUGUUACUUUGGCCUCAUCAGUUGACUACACAACAUCUAACUCAUCACUCAAGUUGCUAUUGCCUCUUGCAGAUCCAGCUGAGAUGCUGCGUGUUCCUGCUAUCCCGCUAGGAACGUUACUGUCUACCACUUACCCUAUAUCAUCCCGUGCACCGUAUAUUCUGUCAUUGCUGCGCUCUCAAAUUUCAUCAAAGGACAUGAUGGACCCUGAACUGCUUUCAAAGCUUGUCUUGAAUAACUUUUGCACAGUGCCAGCAAAGGUUCUACUACAGCUGACGACUGCAUUCCGUGAUGGUGGGCUGCGCAACAGGACUGGUACAUUUCUCUUCAAGCAGCAUCUGCACAAAAUCAAAGUACCGGUACUUGCCCUUGCUGGAGAUGAGGAUUUGAUUUGCCCCCCAGAAGCUGUUUAUGAAACGGUGAAGUUAAUUCCUCAGCAUUUGGUGACGUAUAAGGUUUUUGGAAAGCCUGAAGGCCCUCAUUAUGCGCAUUACGACUUGGUUGGAGGGCGAAAGGCCGUCCAUGAAGUGUACCCUUGUAUAAUAGAGUUCAUCUCUCAGCACGAUGAAAUGUCUUCAUAAGUUCUGUUUUUGUCCCGACGUCAAGCUCCAACACGCCCAUUUAACAAGUGCACAAUUGCCAUCCUAUAUAUUGGAAGUGAAAUCACGAAUGGUAAUGGAAUGUUGAGGUACAAAAGUGCAUUUUCCCUUUUACUUCCUUCUAUAUACACUAGCUUGUAGUUUAUUUCCUCACAACAGUUAGCGGUCAAUUUAUAACCUGUAUAUGUAAAUGCUUCGUUCCUCAACAAGACAGAGAGAUGCUUACUCUGCCACACUGGUAUUGAUGAUCGCCUGCAGAAACACGCACCUCACUACUGGUGCCAGAUAAACAGAAACAUUUUCUUUGGUAGGGGGAUUUUUUUUUUUUUGGGUAACGGCAGCAGCUACCAUCUUGGUUAGAUAUCUGGUAUACAUUAUCUGCCUCCGGAAUCAAUAUCAAAGUCCUUUGGUAAAUCGGGUUUCGUGGUCGUCUGAUUCUUUCUAGCUUAAACCAAAUCAACAUUUGGAGGGCGGGUUGAAUGAGGAACCUCAACAUUUUGUGGUACAGAAACAUUAUUUAUGGGGUUUUUUUUUUCUUUUUUUGGUGACGGCAGCAGCUAGCAUCUUGGCUAGAUAUCUGAUAUACAUUACCUGCUUCCAGAAUCAA